AUGUCUCCCAACGGGCACCCUGGCUCUACAGCCGGCGAAGGAGCCGUCUGCCCUGUCGACCACAAGACGAGAGACGCCUGGCUUGAGCAAGCGCGGGCGCAACAAGCACAACAGGCUGAGGCCAAACAGACACAAAUCUCACUACAGCCGACGACCAGUGUCCCUGCACAAAUUGCCCAGCCCAAGUCCGGCUUCUUCGGCGGCUGGCCCAGCCUCUGGGCAUCGCCCUCACCCUCGCCGCCUCCUUCGAGCGCCUCCUCUGCUCCGUCGUCCCAUGCCGCGCCGUCACAGCACCAACGGCCCCUGGGCCACCCGACCAUCCGCGGCCUGGGCACCGACCGCGAAGUCUCCUCGAUCCCGCGCACGACCACCUCGGCCGACGAGGACAAGACGGCACCGGCGGCCGGCCGCCCCGUCAACCAUGAAGUCGAGACCGGCGCCGACCCCGUCUCCGGCAACUGGGUCUACCCCUCCGAAAAGAUGUUCUUUGAGGCCAUGAAGCGCAAGGGCAACGACAACGCCCGCGUCGCCGACAUGCGCGUCGUCGUGCCCAUCCACAACGCCGUCAAUGAGCGCGCCUGGAAAGAGAUUUUGGCCUGGGAGGCGCCCUACACAGGCACGGGCCCGGGCCAGUGCGGCGGUCCGCGGCUGCACUCGUUUGCGGGGCUCAGCACCAGCAUGUCGCCCAAGGCGCGGCUCAACACGCUGCUGGGGUACACAGCGCCGUUUGACCGGCACGACUGGGUUGUCGACCGCUGCGGGACGCAGGUCGAGUACGUGAUUGACUUUUAUGCGGGGCGGCCGGGGGCGGCGGCGGCAGCAGCAACAGGAGCCACGGCUGCGUCGCCCAAUGCGGGCCAGCCGCAAGUCAGCUUCUACCUGGACGUGCGGCCGAAGCUGAACAGCUGGGAGGGCGUCAAGAUGCGUGCCCUGCGCGGCCUGGGCCUGCAGUAG